UCAUCUUUCAUAGUAGAUUUAGUAGAUUUAUAUUCGUUCCCCUCCAUUCUUACAACUAAAAAUAUCCUAAAUAUAUCGCUGUUGGGCGUGAAAAAGGGGACAAGUCAAUUUUUGAUGAAAACGGGAUUAACUCAAAUAUAGGUUGAAAAAAGUAUGUUUUAAUUGUGUGUAAAAGGGGACUAGUCAAUGUAGCUGAAUUUGUAUGUAAAGUUGAUUGUUCCAAAAGAGGCACUUACAAAAUAGUACAUAAAGUUUAGUGUAAAAAGGGAUAUGUUAACAUAUUCCUUUUGGCACUGCCCAUAUCAGUAUUUCUCUUAGUGAAUAAUGAGACAACUUGACUUGCCCCCUUAUUCACGGUUAGCUUUUAAUGUAGCGAGCAACCAACUUAACACACAUAACCUAUAAAUUAGUAUGCAAAACGAGUCAUAGUUGUGAUUAUUAUUGCAAAAUAAAAAUAUUUGUUUAAAUUUAGUAAUACCAAUAUAAUAAGUGAAAAUUAAAAAAUGUCUAGAGGAAAACAAAUUCUAAAUAUGCUAAAUGCCGAUGGUAAGUAAAAUCAUAAUUUAUUUUCCACUGGUAGUGGUAGAAUAUUUUUACUGUAAUCUAAAAUUAUCCAGUUGUUUCUGUAUGUAUAAUGUGUACACAGAAUAAAUAAAAUAAAUGGGAUAUUGUUUUACAGAUGAACAAGAGAAUGUUCGUAUAUAUUGUUCAGAUAAGGAAACUGUAUUAGAAAAUUGCAAUAAAAGAUGUACAAAUGCUGACAAUUACUUGGAAGGGAUUAUACCAAUGCAGAAAACCUUUCCUUCUGAGCAACAUGCCCGAGAUGAGUCUGAGAUGUCCUACGCCAGUAGCGUUGCUGCAUCACUUCCAGAUGAAAUUCAGGAUCUAUUAGAUUUUUCAUCAGAUGAUAGUAUUGCAGAUCCAAAUUUUGUCCCUGCGCAGGAUGAAAAAUAUAGCUUUGCCGCGGACAGCGAUAUACUAGAAAGAAAAAAAAGAAGAGCCAAUUCAGAAGAAGAUAUAAAUAAUACUGCAGUAGACAAAUAUAACUUAGACGGGCAAGUCCACGAGAAAGUUAAAAAACGCACGAACAAAGAAACGAGAAAAAUGAGACAAGAGAGACGAGAAAAACGAAAUUUUGGUAAGGCGUAUGUUACAAGAACUUUAAAAGAGAUUAAAGAAAAAACUAUGCAAGAACUGAAAUUAUGUAGAAAUAAGUGCAAGGAAAAAAUAAAGGACGAAGUUCGCUUGCAACUUUUUAAAGAAUUCUGGGAAAUGGGAAGCUACAAUCGUAGGUUAGAAUAUAUAGCUGCUCUCAUGGAUGUUAAAGAGAAGAGUUCUAUGCGAAUUAGGUGUUCUGACCCAAGCAAACAACGGUACCGACAGCAUACCAUAAUUUAUCAUUUCCCUCUUCAUGGCGUUCGUUCUGUUGCUUGCAAGGACUGUUUUAUGAAAACUUAUAAUAUUAGUAAGAAAUUCAUAGAAGUUAACUAA